GCAAUUCCAAGUAAGAUAACCCAGGUUAUGAAUGUUGAGGGCAUUGAUAGGCACCACGUUGGUAGCCAUUUGCAGAAAUAUCGUAUUCGGCUGCGACAGAAAAAAGAAAGACAACAGUCCUAUCUUUCCUGGAAUCAGUUCCAUGGCAGAAUGAAUCCUUCCUACCCAGCAGAAGAUAUGGGAAAUGGAACUAACAACAUCAGUGGUCCAAGUUCUGACCCAGUACUGGUUCCUCAAGCUGCUAUCCAUCCUACGUGGGUCAAUGUGCCAGGGACUGGAAAUGCCAUUUUAAGAUCGUUUUCUGGGAGUGAUCAGCCACAACAGAUAGGAGGUUCUGCCGAGCAGUACUAUAACACCAACUGCUUCCCAAAUACUACAUUUGGAGCCACAGAUGUUGGGAUAAAUGCUCAGACUUUUAGCACCAUUCCAGCUCAAAACAUAAGGGAGGAGGACACUGUUCCAAUAACAGAAUUUGCUUCCUUUGAUAAUAGUUUUCAAGCACCAGGAACUUCCACACCAGGUUGUCAUGCUGGUAGUGGAUUAGCUCCUUCUGGACUACUAACGGCCUCCGGCCAGUCUCUCCCCUCAAAUGUGGGGCAGGAAAAUCUGUGUCUUCAUGAAGCUGCUAGUUCUUCAAGGCCCACAGAAGGUGGUGACAUUGAGAAAUUUCUUGAAGAGUUCUUAAAGGAAGAUGACUAGUGAUAUUACCUUGGUUAUCUCUGCGUUCAGUUCCAAAGUAAGUUCCUCAGUUUAUUGGUGAUUAGCACCUUCCUAGUUGUCUUAUCAGUUUGUGAUAUCAGUUGUUGUGUCAGUUACAAAGUUAAUAAAAGUUGCUCAAUUAUCAUUAUAGGAAACUAGAAUCAAAGGCUUUAUAUA